UACUUGUUUAUGUGUUUGUUUAUUUUUGUUAGAUUUACGAAAAGAUUUUCCCUUUUAUCAUCAAAAGAAUGCUUUAAAAAAAAAGGAGAAAUAAGUACAGAUAAUAUGAUGUGAAUAAUAAAAUAUGAGGUUUCUUUACGUGAACCGGUUUCAGAAGAACCAAAUAUACACACACGUAAUAAAUAGUACUUUCCCCGUAUUAUCUCGUUUUAGAAGUGAAAUAAUGAAAUAUUUAAACGUUGCGGAGAAAAAUGAUGCAGCUAAAAAUAUUGCAUUGCAUUUAUCCAGGGGAACUUCGAACAGGCGCGAGGGUUUAUCCCAAUACAAUAAAAUAUAUGAGUUUGAAGCAGAGGUUUUGGGACAGAAGAGUAAAAUGGUGAUGACUUCAGUGUCGGGACACUUACUGGCUUUGGAUUUUGUCAGUGCCUUCAAAAACUGGAGAUCUUGCAAUCCAUUGUCACUCUUUGAUGCGCCAGUUUACAAAUACUGUCCAGAGAAUUAUGAUAAAAUAAAGAAAACGUUAGAGCGCGAAGUUCGCAGUUGCCAAGGCCUAAUAAUAUGGACAGAUUGUGACAGAGAGGGGGAAAACAUAGGCUUUGAGAUCAUAGAAGUGUGCACUGCAGUUAAGAGUGACCUUAGAAUAUACAGAGCAAAGUUUUCGGAGAUAACAUCAGUGUCUGUCAUAAGAGCAUUACACAAUUUGGAGCAGCCUAACAAGAACAUAAGUGAUGCAGUUGAUGUUAGACAGGAACUAGAUUUAAGGAUAGGUGCCUCCUUCACGCGCUUUCAAACUCUGCGACUGCAGAAAGUGUUCCCCAGCAAGCUGGCAGAGAGCUUGGUGAGCUACGGCUCGUGUCAGUUCCCCACACUGGGGUUUGUGGUGGAGCGAUACAGGGCUGUCGAAAACUUUGUUGUUGAACCAUUUUGGAAGAUCAAAGUAAACCACACAAUAAACAACCUGAGCGUUGAUUUCACUUGGAAUAGAGUCCGACUGUUUGAUCAGCUUGCUUGCCAAGUAUUACACGACAUCUGCUUAGAAAACCCACAGGCAAAAGUCACAGAUGUGAAAACUAAACCCAAGUCCAAAUGGAGACCUUUACCUUUGGAUACUGUGGAACUUGAAAAAUUAGCGUCCAGAAAAUUAAAAAUCAAUGCCAAAGAGACGAUGCGUAUCGCCGAAAAACUGUACACCCAGGGUUUGAUAAGCUACCCGCGUACGGAAACCAAUGAGUUUCCCAAAGAGAUGAACUUGGGGCAGCUGGUGGGCAUGCAGACUGGUGACCCCAACUGGGGGACAUUUGCACAGAACAUUCUGGACAGCGGAGGCCCCACACCGCGCCAGGGGAAUAAGAGCGAUAAGGCCCAUCCGCCUAUACACCCUACUAAAUAUACUAACAGUCUAUCGGGAAAUGAGCAACGAGUAUACGAGUUCAUAGUCCGAUCCUUCUUGGCGUGUUGUUCCAAGGACGCGCAAGGACAAGAAACCAUUGUGACCAUCGACGUCGCCAACGAAGUGUUUAGUGCGAGCGGUCUCAUGAUUACCGCCAGGAACUAUCUAGACGUGUACCCGUAUGAUAAGUGGUCGUCGAAGGAGAUACACGUUUACGAGAAUGGACAAACCUUCAAUCCAACAAGUAUAGACAUGGUAGAUGGAAACACCUCCCCACCAAACCUACUGACUGAAGCAGAUCUCAUUGCGCUCAUGGAGAAACAUGGGAUUGGAACGGACGCAACGCACGCAGAGCACAUAGAAACUAUUAAGAGUCGUUCAUACGUGGCACUCGCGGACGCCAUACAUUUCGUCCCAGGGUUGUUAGGCAUGGGUCUAGUGGAGGGAUAUGACGCCAUGGGCUUGAAUAUAUCCAAACCACACCUUCGGGCCCAGUUGGAAGCUGAUCUCAAAGACAUUUGCGAAGGGAGGAAGGAUCCUAAACUGGUGUUAGCUGAACAGGUAGCAAAAUAUAAGGAAGUAUACAUCACCGUGACGGCCGAAGCGAAUAAAAUCGACAGCGCUUUAGCGGAAAGAUUCAACGAGCGAGCCAUCGAGUACACGCCCACCGUUGAGUCGCUACCCGCCAUGCCACCUGCCUUGAAAUGUCCGAAAUGUGGGUCAGACAUGGUGGUCAGACAGAAGAGGAAUAACGCAGAUGAGUACUACAUUAGCUGCGUAUCUUAUCCGAGAUGCAUCAAUGCUAUUUGGUUCCCUUCCAUCGUCAAAACAUUACAAGUGUUACCAGACAGUUGUCCUUCGUGUGGUCCAAAUUACAAAAAGCUGAAGUUCGAAUGGCGAAACAAUUCCAUAAGUCACAUAUACCCGCCUCCUUACACCACUUGUAUCGGUGGCUGUGACACCACCUUCCUCGAAAUGCUGCAAAUAAAUUUGUCUUCAGUAACAGCAACAUCAAGAAAUACAAGAACAGAUACAAACUCGAACAGAAACACAACAAGCACUUUUACUAGUUCAUCAACCACUUCUGCAAAUCCAUCAAGCAAUAAUAUUCCUUAUGUUAAUAACAAUCCAAGCACCGUAAAUCGCCCAAGGCAAUUCGUACCUCCUGCGAUAGUAAAUAGAACUCUAAAUAAUAUGAAUGGUCCGAGAAUGCCGGUUCCAAGGAAUACUGCAAAUCACCCUAGGUUGCCCACCCCGCCUUCAAGUGACAGUGGGGAAAAUCAGGUUUGCUGUGGAUGUAAUAGGGAAGCUAUAUUGCUUACUGUUCGAAAGCAGGGACCCAAUAUAGGCAAGCAAUUCUACAAAUGCCAACUCGGUGUGGAUAAUGGAGGUUGCGACUUUUUCCUAUGGGCCCCCGAGUCAUCAGGCACAACUACAACUAGCCAGAGCAACUUCGACACCCCUGCGACUAGUUCCCGGGGCAGUUCCGCGGGCACCAGCCGCGGCUGGGGCAUAGCGCCCAGCUUUCCCAGGGAUGAUUACCCCCCGAACGAUGAAAAUGUCAUGUGUAACUGUGGGGCGCCUUGCAAGAAAUUAACAGUCCGCAAAGAAGGACCCAACAAAGGUCGCCAAUUUUACGGGUGUCCUAAAGAAAGUAACGCACGUUGUUCCUUCUUCCAGUGGGCCGGCGACGGAGAGACCAAUACAGGAUGGGGUGGUCAAGAAAGUUAUAGUAGCGCUGGACGCGGGAGAGGGAGGGGCGGCAGAGGAGGGGGAGGGGGGUCGGCGAGCGAGGGGGAGCCACGCACGCGCAAGUGUGGCCUGUGCCGGCAGGAGGGACACACUAGGAAUAGAUGCCCUAACAACCAGUGAAUAACUUACAACUUGUUCGUAUUCUAUCUAAUACCCGGCGUGUGUUAUGAUACUCUCUUGAAAGUGUCAAAAACAACCGUACAGUUUCAACUCAAUCCGUUAAAUAACACCUCAAAUGCAUAAAUAUUGGACAGGAAGAUAGACAAACAAUGAAUUCUAAAGAAUAAAAUUGCUGAAAAAUGUGAUAUAGUAUAAUUUCUUAUUAUAAAUUAUUUUACCAAAGGUAUAGUGGAAUAAUAUCAAAUACGCUUUAGUAGCCUUUGUAUUAAAUAUUCCAAUUACUUAUUGUAAAUAAAAAUAAAAGUUUUUAUACAUUUG